CGCACCUCUCAGUUUUUUUUUUCCCUUCUCUCUGCUGCUUUUGCUUCUAGUUUCUCUCUUAUCCUUUCAUCUGCCCUUCCGAUGAUUGGUCUGCAACAUGGAAAUCGUCGUUCAUGGAGGUGAAGCUCCGGUUGGGGAUCUGAGAUACAUUGGAGAUUGAUUCAAUGGUUGAUUCGGCCGAGUUGGAGAGGAGAGCACCAGAUAUGGGUUUUAAUGGUAAAGGAAAAAAAAGUAAUCUUUAAUCUUAAAUCUUCAGAGAUUAAUAGUUGGGAGUUGUAAUCCAAACAGUAAAAUUUUUAAAUACUCAGAUUUCAAUUUCACGUAUUUUAAAUUACAUCUGAUUUGAAAUCAAAAUCCAAAUUCAAAUCUUGCUUCCAAACGGGGCCCCAAUAUGCUGUUCCUGUCCAGGUAACGUGGCUUGACUGAUUUCUACGAAACACAAUCAUCUUCGUGGAAACUGUAUGUGUUCAACUACUCUCGAAUUCCAAAUUAAAAAUUUGGAUAUUGAAUUAGCCUAGGAGACCAUCUCCACCGACGACUCCGAUCGAAGACCAAAUAAUGUCAUUGUUCUUAGAUCAUCUUUGUCUGUUUCUAUUCCCUGUACCACAAUUGAAUUUCCUGGAUCGAAAAUGUAUCAAAUAUGUAAUCUGUUUUCUCCAUUGAUGAAUAUUUGUGUUCUCAUUAUCCUUUGGCAAUUAAAAAGCUCAUCUGCUGUGGAUUCACAGUACAAAUACUGCAGUGUGCCCAAAACUUGUGGUAACGUGCCCAUCAAGUAUCCCUUCUAUCUCGACGGACAACAGGAAUCGUAUUGCGGCUACCCUGGUUUCCAGCUCUACUGCAAUGGAAACGGCCACACACUCCUUAGUAGCGGUUUCGGGUCCGCAACGAUUAACACAAUCGAUUAUGAAAACCACACUCUUCACUUGUCACACGAUGGUCUUUUUGAUCAUGCCGGAGAUUGUCUUGGAUAUUUAGAAAACUUUACCUCGCCAAAUGGUCCGUACGAGCUGGCUCCAAAUCAAAAGGAAUUCGUUUUGCUAUACUAUUGCAACUCUUCUUUGGUUGAUGAGUCGUUUUCAGAGUACAAGCUUGGCUGCUUUGACGACACCAGAACGAGGACAACAGUUCUGGCCCUGACCAAGGAUGAUCCACAGUACGGAAAUGCCCUUGACAAGUGUGGAAAAGAACGGGAGACGGUUGAAGGGGUAUAUGCCAAUGUUACUGGCACCGCUGCGGGAAUAAGAGAGGGGCUGAAAGCAGGGUUUGUGGUAAACUGGUCAGCCAGAAACUGCAGUCUCUGUGAGAACAGUGGUGGGAAAUGUGGAACUAGUGUUGGUAAGUUAACGUGCUUCUGCCCGGAUAAACUUCAUGAUUUCUUCUGUCCUGAAGAAGAACCUGGAAAUUUGGCUACUCAGUUGUCAAUAGUUGGAGCAGUUGCUGGUGUGGCGCUUCUAGUGGUAAUUGUUUGGUGCUCAAGGGGAAAGUUAUCAACUUAUAGAAUUAUUUUCUUUUGGAAACUGCAAAACCAAAAGCGGCGAACUGUUGAGGCCUUUCUAAGAAACUAUGGGGGACUUCAAGUUAAAAGAUACAGCUAUUUGGAAGUUAAGAAAAUGACCAACUCCUUCAAAAGAAAACUAGGACAAGGGGGCUACGGCGGUGUAUACAAAGGAAAACUAAAUGAUGGCCGUCUUGUAGCAGUGAAGGUCUUGAACAGACCAAAAGGUGAUGGAGAAGACUUUAUGAAUGAGGUUGCAGCCAUUAGUACAACUUCCCAUGUCAACAUUGUCAGCCUGUUGGGGUUUUGUUUUGAGGGUUCGAAAAGAGCUCUUAUCUAUGAAUUCAUGCCUAAUGGAUCUCUUGAAAAGUUCAUAUUUGAUGCAAAGACCCCCCAAAAGGAUCAUCACUUGGGAUGGGACAUGUUGGAAACAAUUUCACUUGGUAUUGCUCAAGGACUAGAGUAUUUACAUCGCGGUUGCAGCGCAAGAAUUUUGCAUUUUGACAUUAAGCCUCAUAACAUUCUUCUUGAUGAGAACUUCUGGCCAAAAAUAUCUGACUUUGGCCUUGCUAAAAUAUGUGACAGAAAAGAGAGCAUUGUGUCAAUGUUGGUUGCAAGAGGUACUGCUGGAUACAUUGCUCCAGAAGUGUUCUGUAGAAACUUUGGUGGUGUCUCGCACAAAUCUGACGUGUAUAGCUAUGGGAUGAUGCUUUCCGAGAUGGCCGGGGGAAGAAAGAACAUCAAUGUUGAAGUUGAAGAUACAAGUGAGAUAUAUUUUCCACAUUGGAUAUACAAACGUCUUGAAUUGGAUCAAGAACUUGGCCUGCAGAGCAUCAUGAAUGGGGAAGACGAAGUCAGAGCAAGGAAGAUGAUAAUCGUGAGCUUGUGGUGCAUACAAACCGACCCUUCAAACCGGCCAUCCAUGAAACAAGUCAUAGAAAUGUUGGAAGGGAAUGUUGAGUCCUUGCAGAUACCACCAAAGCCUUACUUGUCUUCUUCUCCAAAAUCCCUUGCACUUUCUUCUCCUACAUUGGUAUCAAUACAAUAGAACAACUGAGCUCGGCAUUUUUACUUCACUUGAAUGCAUCUGUCUGUUUCAGGGAAUCUGUAGUUCUGUACAAUGAACAAUAUUUCCUAAUCUCUAUAUUUAUGAGCAUGAUUGAAAAUAAAGCUAUGAUCAAUUGAUCAACAUUAUUUCAUAU